AUGGAGCCCUUCUCGCCAGAAGCUCCACACUGCAACGGCGCCUCCAGUAGCAGCUCGCCCGCGGUGUCCAGCGACAGCCCGGGGACGGCGACCUCCUCGGGCACCGUCCGGAACGGGUCGGUGGCUACGACGACAUCGCAGCCAUCGGCUCCUCCUCCUUCCGUUCCAGCGGCCUGUCUCCCUUGUCGUACCAAACAUCUCAGAUGCGAUGGAAGUCACCCGUGUGGCCGUUGCACCGCGACCGGCAUCGUCGCCGAAUGUGCCUAUGUUGCCUCCCGCCGUGGGUACAAGGGCCCUCGCAGAAACCCCAAUAACCCUACUCCCGGCGCCAAUCCCAAUAAGCGGCAUGCGUCCUCAUCGCCCCCUUACUCGGGGACUACUCCUGACAGCUGCCCCAUGAUGUUGGGACAUGCGCCUGUUACCAUGGCCACACCCUCCGUUCAUGCCUUCAACCCUUCCAUCGUUCUGUCGGACCAGUCGCAGCUCUCCUUCCCGUCAACCCCCUCCGUUGCGAGCAUCCCAGUCUACAGGAACAACUAUAUGAUGGACAGCACCGCUAUGGCAUUGGCGACACAGGCCGCUCCGCCCAUUCAGCCUCCGGCAGCAACUUUGCCAGAGCGUUGUUUCGAGGCUUUCUACCACUAUUUCCAUGCCGGUCAUCCGUUCGUCUUGCCCAAGAGGAACUUGCUUGAAUUGCUUAAAAGUAACUCAGAGCCAAACCUUUCGGUAGUGAUGGCCGCCAUGAGAUAUAUCGGUUCCCUCUACGUUGAUGCAGGCCCUGCCAAGGCAAGGUUUCUGGAUGAAGCCAUACAGCUAUGCUACGCCCAAGGUGUGCGCAAGGACGGAUUCUUGAUCCAGGCGCUCUUGCUUAUCAUCAUUGGCUUGGACGGCAGUUGCGAGCAAGCAAAAGCUCGGGAACUCCUUGCUAUUUGUGAAAGAUAUGCCAUUGAGAUUGACCUCAACAAGCGUGAAUUUGCUGUGAUGCAUGGCCGAGGCGAUCCGAUCAUGGAGGAAAGUUGGCGGCGAACCUGGUGGGAUCUCUAUAUCUGCGAUGGCAUGAUUGCUGGUGUUCACCGGGUGACCAACUUCCUGUUGUUUGACAUCAUGACCGACGUUGGCCUUCCCUGCGAGGAGGAGGAGUACCACAAAGGGUGCAUCCCUUCACCGAUGAGUCUUGAGGAAUUUGACGACAAGGAGUUCCUGGACGAAGACCGAGAGUUCUCAUCGUUUGCGUAUCGUGUUGCGGCAGCCAGAAAUCUGGGCAGGUUGAUGCGGAUGCCGAACGUCAUGUUCCCGGAUGCGGCAGAGGUGGACAAGAUGGAGGCGCAUCUGUCCAACUGGAGAAUGCAUCUUCCGGAUAACAAAAGGGAUGAUCUCGAUCCGAAUUGCCAGCUUGAUGAGAUGAUGUUCCAAGCACACUUUAUCACCCAUGCGUGCACCAUUAUGCUCCACCAGCCUCUUUCCCAGCUUGACUCUUCGCCAGUCCAAGCUGUCAACUCUUGCGCGCCUCACAGGCCCGUCCGCUCAGGCGAUCAAUACAACGCCCAUACCAAGCACACCGUCACGGCUGCCUACGAGAUCAGCAAGAUGGUCACGCAAGCUGUUCCCGUGACCAGCCAUACGCACUUCUUCACCUGCGUCGUGACUCUCUCUUCCAUCGUCCACCUCUCCAAGUGGGCCCUUUACAUGAUCGAAGAUGAGGCCGACCUCCGCCAGCAAAUCCGGCUGAACAUCGGCGCCCUCAACAAGCUCAGCAAGGUCUGGAAGGCGGCCAAUACGGCUUGGGGCCAGGUCAAGGGCGUGGCGCAGGAGAUCUACCGCCAAAAGAAGGCACAGCAGAUCACCCCGGCUUUCUGGGUCGGCUAUACCCAGGAACAGAUGAUGACAUCCAUUCAGGCGGACGAAAGCAUCAUGAACGAGUUCAACCAAGGGCUGAUUGCCCAGGUUGGCGUUACUCAAGCUCAGUGA